AUAGAGGGUUUUUGCACGUACUUGGGAUUCAUCAGAUGCGGAUCAGUGUUACCUUAUUUCUAGGGAUUUACUCUUAGGAUUGCAGUUAAAUAUCUAGGGCAUACUCAGGAUUUGAGAUUCAGUAUUCAGGGUUCACCCUUGGGAUUCAGGGCUUAACGUGUCCAACAUAAGAAUGUAACAAUUGGAAAUCAUUGGGUUUGGGGCUUCGGGUUCGAGGUUUGGGGUCUAAGAGGUCUAUUACUGAGUUUCUUAGUUAGCUAAAUUUGUUUAUGGCCACAGAGAAGCCUGUUGGAUCAAACUGCAAGGUUUCAGUAGCAAUUGCCAUCAUGCUGAAAGCUGUGAUCCUGAUCGGAGGCCCUCAAAAGGGGACUCGCUUCAGGCCUUUGUCUUUUGAGGUGCCCAAACCCCUGUUUCCAGUGGCAGGGGUCCCUAUGAUCCAGCACCACAUUGAGGCUUGUGCCCAGGUCCCUGGGAUGCAGGAGAUUCUGCUCAUUGGUUUCUACCAACCUGAUGAGCCCCUUACCCGGUUUCUAGAGGCUGCCCAGCAGGAGUUUAACCUUCCCAUCAGGUACCUGCAGGAAUUUGCACCCCUGGGCACAGGGGGUGGUCUCUACCAUUUCCGGGACCAGAUCCUGGCUGGGGGCCCUGAGGCCUUCUUCGUGCUCAACGCCGACGUCUGCUCCGACUUCCCUUUGAAUGCUAUGUUGGAUGCCUUCAGACGCCAGCCUCACCCUUUCUUGCUCCUUGGCACCACGGCUAACAGGACACAAUCCCUCAACUACGGCUGCAUUGUGGAGAAUCCACAGACACACGAGGUCCUGCACUACGUGGAGAAACCCAGCACUUUUGUUAGUGACAUCAUCAACUGCGGCAUCUACCUCUUUUCCCCAGAAGCCCUGAAGCCCCUUCGGGAUGUCUUCCAGCGUAACCAGCAGGAUGGGCAACUGGAGGACUCUGCAGGCCUGUGGCGGGGGGCAGGCACCAUCCGCCUGGAGCAAGAUGUAUUCUCGGCCCUGGCUGGGCAGGGCCAGAUCUAUGUACACCUCACCGAUGGUAUCUGGAGCCAGAUCAAGUCUGCAGGCUCAGCCCUCUAUGCCUCCCGCCUCUACCUGGGCCAGUACCAGCUCACUCACCCAGAACGCCUGGCCAAGCACAGCCCAGGUGGUCCACGAAUCCGAGGAAAUGUUUACAUCCACCCAACAGCCAAGGUGGCCCCAUCGGCUGUGCUGGGCCCCAAUGUCUCCAUCGGGGAGGGGGUGACCGUGGGCGAGGGCGUGCGGCUCCGAGAGAGCAUAGUCCUCCAUGGAGCCACGCUGCAGGAGCAUACGUGUGUUCUGCACACCAUCGUGGGCUGGGGGAGCACUGUGGGGCGCUGGGCCCGUGUGGAGGGUACCCCCAAUGACCCCAAUCCCAAUGACCCCAGAGCACACAUGGACAGUGAGAGCCUCUUCAAGGAUGGGAAGCUGCUGCCGGCCAUCACCAUCCUAGGCUGCCGCGUCCGGAUCCCUGCUGAGGUGCUCAUCCUGAACUCAAUUGUUCUGCCACACAAGGAGCUGAGCCGCAGCUUCACCAACCAGAUCAUCCUCUGAGGGGGGCUGCCAGAAGGCCCCCAACUCCUACCCACCCCCCUCGAGGCUACUGCCCGCACGGCCGGCCUCUGUCCAAAAGGACCAGAGGAAGCCAGGCAGGCUCUUCACUUGUCAGGAGCAACGUGGGUGGCCGGUCUCCCCGGCCUCCCUCCUCACUCCCUAAUAAACCCCAGUGAACCUUGGAGCCA